CCAGCCAGCAGCUACGCGCUGUACGGGGAGCGCCUGGGGCUGCUGGGUUCGUCGCCCCCCCCCGAGGCGCAGCGUUUCAUCGCCGCCGUGGAUUCGAUGCUGCGCAGCACCGCCCCGCUGCUCUUCGUGCCGCCGCGGCUCCUCCGCGUCGCCCGGCAUCCGCUCUGGAGGCGGCACGAGGCGGCGUGGGACGAUAUAUUCCGACAUGCUGACCGCUGCAUCCAGAAGCUGUGCCAGGAGUUCGGUGCCGGGCGGUCGCGGCACACGGUUGGCAUCAUGGCUGAGCUGCUGCUGAGGGCUGAGCUGCCCCUCGAUGCCAUCCGUGCCAACCUCACCGAGUUCACCGCCGGCGGAGUCGAUACGACGGCCGUGCCGUUGCUGUUCACGCUGUUUGAGCUGGCCCGGAACCCCGCGGUGCAGGAGGAGCUCCGGGCUGAGAUCCGCGCCGCAGAGCAGCACCGCAACGAGGGGAUCCACAGAGUGCUGGGGGCAAUGCCUCUCGUCAGGGCUGCCAUCAAGGAGACCCUGCGGUGGGAACUGGGGGCACUGGGACGGACUGGGAGGGGAAUGGGG